AUGGUUCUUCAGUAUGAUGAAAGUGUUCGCAACAUGCUGUAUCCGAGAGAUCAUGCCAAUACCGGCGGCAGGGCGAGCUUGUGGAUGCCGCGGUCCUCGAAGCUGAUCUUGUCGAGAGGAGAGGUCAACCAUGAAGAGAAGCUGAAGAAGAAAUUUGAAGAGAUCGGACUGAUCGUAGACUCAGUGCAAGAGAGUAAAGCGAUCAUGUGGAAGGCUCCGUAUAGAUCCGAGAUAGCGAGUGCUGAUGAGAUCCCGGUGACUGUUUCCUUCCUCCGCAAUGCACAAGCGGAGAAGCUCUGGCAGGGAAGAGAGGACUUCGCGAUCGAUGGUCGCAAGUUCACAGCUGUACAUGCGAGCAUCGUGCACGAUCGAUCUUUCAAGAUUCGAGCCAAGAGAGGACCCUGGGGCAAAGGGGGCAGCUUGGCAGAGCUGACUCACCUGCUAACCUUGGGCGGCAUGACAACAGCCGAAAUUGCUGACGUCUACCGCUAUCAGCUGCUGCGCCAGUCCCUUGCAGCGGUCCAACUCCAGCCGCUGGCAGGCAUGCUGGUCGCUGGGGCGCCAGGCCAGCAAGUCCACAAAGGCUUAGGUCAGAAAGGCUUCGUCGCUGUAGGGGCCCAAGUCAUCUGGAGACAGAGGGAGGUGGAGUGGAUCGUGUCCUCGAGCUGCCCAGAGGCGAAUGAUACAGCAUUUCGAGCUUUCCGAGAGAGCGAAGCGAUGGAGGGAGUACACCUGACUCUGUUCAGCGAGGACCCGAAGAUCAGAGAGGCGCUCGCAGUCGAGUUGACAGCCGAUCGCUUUGUCUCUAGGAAUAAGUUGAAGAAGGCAUCAAUCAAGACUGCAGAAGAAGGCAGGCGGCAAGGACGACAAGGCGAUCAAGAUCCGAUCAUCAGGUCGACGGCGGCAUCUGGUCGCUUCACGAGGAAGGAGAUGGAGGGGCUGUGCAACGGCGGCAACACGUCCAUCGCAAGAGUCAAGAGAGUCUUGUUGGAGAUCGCUAACAGGCUCGAGAUCAAAGUGGAAGGCAUCGACAUGGAGGAGGAUUUGAACACCAAGUCCUGGAACGGGUCCAAGCUAUGCAUCCUCCUCGGCUCCACGGAGGAUGCUCGACGCAUGAUGAAGGAGCUGCCCUUCUCUCUAGAAGGCGCAGCAACCAAGCUCGAAGCAGUCGGCUUCGACAUGCUGUGGACCUCAAGGAGACGAGGAGACACGACUAACAGAGAACAAGCAUGA